UGGUGGGCCAGCUCAGCCAGCUCCAGCUAUUAAUUAUUACCUCCACGUCAACUCAUAUCACAGGUCUCUCUGCUCAAGUUUGUGAUGAAGGGUUGAUCUAAGACUGAUUUUCAGACUGCAAUGGCUGUGGAAAGGAAAAGGAGAAGGAAUGGCAAUGAAGAGGACACCCACCUUCCCCCCCUGACCAAGAGGAGUAGUCGAAGCCCUGUCUUUCAGGACUCCUGGGACACCGAGUCUUCCAGCAGUGAUGGUGGGGGGAGCAGCAGCAGCAGCAGCAGCAGCAGCAGCAGCAGCAACAUCAGCAGCCCGGACAUGGCCAGCGGGCCAGAGCGCAGCUUGAGCAACAUCAUCCCCGGAUCCAGCCCCAGUACUCCUCAGCCGGUGCCCGAGCAGUCUGUGCUGUGCCAAGGCCCGUACUUCUGCAUCAAUCAGACCCUGAAGGAGGCCAACUUUCACAGCCUCCAGCACCGAGGACGGCCCCCAACAUGAUGCCGGCAGCUUCUUGCCUUCUGUGAAGGGACAGCACUGUGCAGAUCCUGAAUCUCAACUUACGAUUGGUUUUUAAACAUUGCACACAAAAAUGCCUGUUGGCUUCCAGUCUAUAUUUGAAAGAACAGGCUGACAGGCAGUUGUUUACUUGUGGUUUUGCUGCACUAUUGCAAUUUCAAAGGGGCUUUGGAGCAAUUUUUUAUAGAUGCUUAGGAGGGAGGGCAUCAGAUCCAUGUCAAGGUAGCGUAUGUCUGUGGAGGUCUCAUCUGUGUGUUGCAUCCAUAGUGUGUCUGGUGCAGACUGAUUUCCCAAUCUGUUAAUUAGAAAUUCUACUUUCUGUAAAAGGGCCUUUUAAAAAUGCGGAAUCUUCAAUCUUUUUUAACUCAAUAAACUAGUAAAAAG